UAGAUGGCACAUAUUUGGAAGAUCUGUCUUUACAUAGUGUGGACUUUAUCAACGGCUUUUGGAUACGUUUGUGAUCAAAAUGCUAGAGAAUGUGAAACGACUCUUAUUAUUGAAAAUUAUUUCACGAUGAUACACGAAGAACUAUCGUCAGUGUUUUCUGCUAAUGGAAAAAUAUACCGAUAUAACGUAAAAAAUAUAACAUCCGCUACUCCAGUUCCCUCAGAUGAGGUCAUAACAGCUGACGGGUGGGAGAAACCACGAAUGGUAACCGUCGCUAAUCGAACACUCCCUGCUCCGGAUAUUAUUGUAUAUGAAGGUCAAACAGUGAUUGUGCAUGUUAUUAAUAAGAUGCAUUCUGAAUCAGUAACCAUACACUGGCAUGGACUUCAUCAACGUAACACACCAUAUAUGGAUGGCGUCCCCUUUAUUACGCAGUGUCCUAUUCUGCCUGGGCAAAAGUUCACAUACAAAUUUCAGGCGUAUCCACGUGGAUCAUUCUGGUAUCAUUCUCAUUCUGGGUCACAAAGAUCAAGUGGAUUGGCGGGGGCUUUUAUUGUGAGAAAGAAAGAAAUAAAUCCAAUUGAGGAACAUAUUCUUCAGGUAAUGGAAUGGAACCAUGAUUCUGAUGCGGUUAAACAAAACCUACUACACGAACAUAAUGUUAUCGAGAAUAGAAUGUGGCGCUCAUCGUCCAGGUCACAUGAUGGAAUGACUUUUAGUCGUAUGGUUUUUCACUCUGUUCUAAUAAAUGGAAAAGGGCGACAUUAUGUGGAUGGUGAAUCAAAAGAUCACAACGGUGCGCCAUUGGAAGUAUUUCACGUUAGAAAAGGGUUAAAGUAUCGGUUUCGUGUUUUAGCAACAGGUGCCAAUUUUCCGUUCAGAAUAUCUAUGGAUGGUCACAAUUUAGUUGUCAUAGAAUCAGAUGGUUACCCCAUUCAACCUAUGGUUGUGGAGUCGUUUAUAAUCAAUCCAGGGGAAAGAUUUGACUUUUAUCUUGAAGCGAUUCGUCCUAUUGGUAAUUAUUGGAUACGUGGAAAAACUCUAGAGAGUAAUCGACACACCAUUGCAGAAGCCAUUUUGAGGUAUGAGGGUGCUGAUGAAGUUGAACCAAACUCUAAAAGAGCUGUCUGUUCAGAAUAUGUCCCUUGUCGUGUGUUGAACUGCCCAUUCUCUUCUUUUGGGUUUGUAAAAGGAAUAGAAUGCAUUCCGUUUGAUCAAUUAAAAUCGAGCACUGAUGAUGAUCCUGCGCCUCCUGUUAUCCCCGGAAGGUUUCAAGAACAUUUCUUAAAUUUUGGAUUCUUCGGAAAAUACCCAUCUGUGAGCGGAACAGAAUUUGAAAUGCCGUCUGUGUCGGCCUUAACACAACCAAGGGAGGUAAACACACUAUGUGAAGGCAGAUGUCCAGAUAGAAAAACCUGUAGAUGCACACAUUCUCUUCAAUUACAAUAUGGUGAUACCGUACAACUUGUUCUUUCGCAUCUUGGCAUGGGUUCCGGAUGGUAUCAUCCUAUACAUAUGCAUGGACACUCGUUCCAUGUGGUCAAGAUGGGAUACGCAGCAUUCGAUGAGGAGUAUGGAUUCCUUCUUAACCAGAACAGAGAUAUUGACUGCAGCGGUGGUAAAAACCUUGACAAUGAUUAUAGUCAUUGUAAUAAUGCAACAUGGAGGGACAAAACGUGGUUAAAUGGAAAUAUACCUGGUCUGGAGUUGAAAAAUCCUCCAAGAAAAGACACAAUUAUUGUUCCAAAUGGAGGCUAUACUGUAAUUAGGUUUAAAGCAGACAAUCCAGGACUCUGGUUCAUGCAUUGUCACAUAGAAAUUCAUUCGUUACAAGGAAUGGCAUUAGUAUUAAAUGAAUCUUUUCCUUUUGUUCCCAGGGCUCCUAAAAACUUUCCUGAAUGUAGAAACUUCGAUGCCACUGGCGUUUAUUUGCAUUAGUAAAUCAUUUAUUUAGUUUUUUUUUUAC